AUGAUGCAACACGGUUCUUGUGAGUGUAGCAAAUCUGAACUUGAUGUUACAUCAGUACCUCCAACCAUGACAGCUAUGCAAGAUGGACAAUGGACAGAACAUUACCCAAUCUCUGCACUGAAUAAUUCAGCUCCUAUUGAAUUCAUUAUUCCUCCACAGACGGAAAAAUGGACAGAUUUAAAUCAAUCGUAUUUAUACCUCAAAUUAAAAGUGAAAAAAGCUGAUGGGAACAAUCUGGCAGGUGACACAGAAACGUCGGUGGUCAAUAACUUUUUUCACAGUCUGUUUAGUAGCAUUGAUCUGUACCUGAACAAUAAACUGAUUUCCAGCAAUGCAGACAACUACCCUUACAAAGCAUACAUUGAAAACCUCCUGUCUUACAACAAGGAAUGUAAAGACACACAAAUGCACGCUCUUGAACUCUGGACGAAAGACAGUUACCUUCAUAUGCAGGAUAACACAAUAGGUGGAUCUAAUGAGGGUUGGAAAACUAGAAAAACCCGUAUUAGUACAAGCAAAACAUGUGAACUCAUUGGACGAUUACAUCUGGACUUGUUCCUACAGGAGAAAUAUCUUCCCAAUGGAAUUGAAAUACGUCUCAAACUAAACAGGAGCCCUAACACCUUUUGUCUCAUAGGUACCGCCGACGGAAAAGUUGAUAUUCAACAAGCGGGAUUCAACGUGAGGACAGUGGAUUUACUUCCUGUAGUGGCAAAUGACUUAAAUAAAAACAUUGCACAGCAUAACAUGAAGAUCCCAAUACGUCGCGCAGUAGUGAAAACAUUCACAAUUCCUGACGGACUGAGAUCCAAAAUUGAUGACCACUUGUUUCUAGGUCAACUGCCAAAACGAAUCAUUAUAGGCAUGGUAAAAAAUUCAGAUAUGAAUGGUGAUGAGAGAACCAACCCAUUUGACUUCCGACAUUUCAACCUGUCUAAAUUAGAAGUCAGCAUCGACGGGAAAACCAUUCACAACAAACCAUACACACCAGAUUUUGAUAAUGGAGAAUAUCUACGAUCCUACAUGUCUCUCUACCAAGCUACAGGAGCGUUGGGAGUGAAUCGUUCCAUUGACCUUUCCAUGGGAGAAUACAAACAAGGAUACACACUUUGGGGAUUUGACCUAACGGCAGACCAAGGUAGUGAAGAAGGACAGCUUCACCCUAUAAAAACAGGAAACAUGAGGAUAGACAUUCAGUUUGGAGAAGCACUUCCUGCAGUCAUCAACGUUAUAGUAUAUGCAGAAUUUGACAAUCAAAUUGAAAUCAACCAGCUCAGAGAAAUUAUUACAGAUUAUUAA